AAAACAGCAGACAUGACGUGAGUAAACUAAUGAAGGAAUUGUUUCCAUUCACAAAUCACAAUUACUAAGUUACUUAAACCUUUUUUUGCCAGCGUGGCACCGGAGUAAAAAUAAUGUAGCCUCACAAAUAAUCCACGUGUCCAUCUCGAAACCUCCACCCGUCUCUUAUUUCUCUUCCUUUCACUCCCUCCCGCCAACACCGUUCACCCUCUACUCUCUCUCUCUCUCACUUUCUCUCUCCUCUUUUUUUUCCUCUCUCUCUCUUCGUUUUUAGCCUCUCUUCAAACCGUCUUUCUCUCUCCUCUUACUUUUAUCCUCAAUUGAAAUUUCGUCCAACAAAUCGGUUUUUCGAUUUCGUUUUUUUUUUUUGUGAAAUUUUGAUUUUGAUGUCAGAAAUUAUAGCUACAAUGUGUUCAUCUUCAAAUUGUUGUUGAUUCAUUCAUUCAUCUGUAUUUUUGAAUAAUUGGUUUUUUUUUACCAUAAAGAUGGCUCGUGGUUCAAAUGUGUUCAGGGGGACACCUCCUCCAGGGAUUUCUCUUAUAAGAAAAUUGAGAGGCAAAGAUUGGAGUUUUAAGUCAUACAGAUAUGCUGUUCUGUUGAUUACCUUUAUUGCUUACACUUGUUAUCAUGCUUCCAGAAAACCUAGUAGCAUAGUGAAGAGUGUUCUGGAUCCUGAACGAGAUAAAUCUACACUGUCAAGUAUUUGGCCUAUUGGGAAUGUUUUUUUCAGGGAAGAACUAUUCGAUAGUGAUGUAAACAGAUUAACAAAGAAGGGCUGGGAACCCUUUGAUGGAAAAGAUGGGACGUCCAAAUUGGGUGAGAUAGAUGUUGCAUUUCUUGCAUGCUAUUCCAUGGGUAUGUAUGUUGCUGGCCACCUGGGGGAUAGUCUUGAUCUGCGUCUGUUCUUGACUACUGGCAUGAUUGGUAGUGGCAUAUUUGUUGCGCUUUUUGGAAUGGGUUACUUUUGGAAUAUUCAUGCUUUUUGGUUCUUUCUACUGAUGCAAAUGAUUGCUGGAUUGUUUCAAGCUACAGGUUGGCCCUCUGUAGUUGCUGUUAUUGGUAAUUGGUUUGGUAAAAGAAAGAGAGGUUUGAUAAUGGGUAUCUGGAAUGCUCAUACAUCUGUUGGGAAUAUUACCGGGUCCCUACUUGCAGCUAGUGUUUUGGAGUAUGGAUGGGGUUGGUCUUUCAUUCUUCCAGGAGCUUUAAUUUUUUUCGGAGGCAUUUUGGUUUACAUGUUCUUGGCUGCCUAUCCUGAGGAUGUGGGUUUCCCUUGUCCUUAUGCUUCGAAGAAUGAAGAGACAGGGCCGAGUAAGCUAGAAGCACAAAGUGAUAAACUUGAAUCAAAUGAUGGUCAACUACAUGUUGCCCCUCAAUCAUCUUCAACUUCCAGGAGAAGUGUCGGGCUCUUUAAAGCAUGUUUAAUACCAGGGGUGAUACCUUUUGCCUUGUGUCUCUUCUUCUCGAAGCUUGUGGCAUACACUUUUUUAUAUUGGCUUCCAUUCUAUCUUAGUCAGACAGCAAUUGGUGGAGUUUAUGUAUCUGUUAAGUCUGCAGGAAAUCUUUCCACUCUGUUUGAUGUAGGGGGCAUCGUAGGUGGCAUAGUUGCUGGCCACCUCUCUGAUAAACUUAAUGCUAGAGCUAUUACUGCAGCCACUUUUAUGUACCUUGCAAUCCCGUCAAUGCUGCUAUAUCGUUUUUAUGGCGGUGAAUCCAUGACUAUGAACAUUGUCCUCAUGAUGGUUGUUGGAUUGUUUGUCAAUGGACCGUAUGCACUCAUAACUACUGCAGUUUCUGCGGAUUUGGGUACUCACAGUUCGCUGAAAGGGGAUUCUCGUGCACUGGCAACUGUUACUGCUAUUAUUGAUGGUACAGGCUCAGCAGGUGCAGCAUUGGGUCCUCUUCUGACUGGAUUCCUUUCAAGAAAGGGAUGGGAUGAGGUCUUCCUGAUGCUGAUGAUUGGAGCCCUGAUUGCUGGCCUUCUGCUGUCACGGCUGGUAAUAACAGAAAUCAGUGAUUUUCUCAAAAGGAAUCAAUCUAAUAAUGCACAAAGCACCACAGGUUCUGAAUCUCAACCUCUUCUGAGUGAUCAAAGGUGAUGAAUGGGACCAAAGGUGAAGAAUGGGUGUGAGAUAUGGCACUCUAAACCACCGAAGCCUUAUCCGAGAACAAGAAGUUGAGUCCAUAUGUCAAUGCUAUACUGCAACAGUGGUCCAAUAAUUUUUUUUCAUGAAUCGGUCAUUGACCUUUUUGAACUUGCAGCUAUGAUACUCGACAAUGUGGUUCGUUUUAGCUGAUAGGCAUAAUUUAGGGUCUUUUGUUUCACUUGAUUUAAGUUUUUGUCGUAUGCCAAUGUAUGUAAUUGUAUCAAAGCCAAGAGCUUAGAUUUUGUUUUGUUUUGUUUCGUAGGGCAAUGAGUUUGCCUCUGGUGGUACCAUAUAGGAUUAUUAUUCGAAAGUAGGGGCACUAGAUUUUUUUGUGCUUGAGCUCAGAGGGUUUUGCCGCCUCGGUUUCUGGCUUUCUGCAACAUGUCGCAGAUAGAUUGUACCUUAAUAGAGUCAUAAGUUGAUAGAAUUGGUCCUUGUUAAAUUGAAGAUUGUAUUCCUUUCACUUUCAGCUGGUAAUUAUUAUCUUUGAUAAGAAUAAAAGAAGUUAUUGGAGCAA